UCCGGUUUGCUUUGAAAUCGAUGGGAAGGACACGGAUGAGCUUAGACAGCAUUUCGCCGAUCACGAAGAGCGGUCGCCAGAGCUCAGGCAGCUUUCUACUUGGGGGAACCACAGGAAAAUACUAUUUGCAAAACCCUUGCACUUGCGACGGAUAUUUUAUCUACACACAUUUUGAAUAGACAAUUCUAAACAUUCAGCUGGUGAUGGAGCUCCUUAUUGGAUAGUGUAUUUAUCGUUACUGCAAGCGAAAUUCUUUAUCACGUUUGUCAGUGGAACAUAAGGCGAACAGUUUUUGGCGCCUCUUUAUCAGCUUGGUUUGGAUUUGUUCCCAACUCAACUGAAAAUAGUUGACAAACUGUGGGAAUUCGUUCAAUGCUGUGAACACUCGUUUAGUUCUCAUCAUGUAAAAUUGGUGAUGAAUCAAAGACCUCUGUGAAAUGAUUUUUGAUAUGGAUAAAUGAUCGAACAUUCUUGCAACAUCAACCAAUAAUUUAGUUUGUGGAAUUUCUAAGAGAAGUGAUUAUGGAGAAUCAACAGAGAAGAAGCCUUUGGGAUUUGCUGACGAUUGGACUACUACUGAGUACAAUGGUAACUGGGACUAGUGGAUCGUGUAGUCUUCUUUCAAUAACUCCAACGGGAAAUGCAUGUAGUUUAAAGACCUUUACUGAAUGCAGUGCUGCUGUAAGAAGUGGAAUUACAGUGACUAGUGCCACCGUCACACACUCUGGGACCAGCGUGAACGCCACUGCAGCAGCUAAUGACAUCAUUCAAUGUAGCGAGAAGUCAUGCAUCGAGCUUGCUUACUUUCUCCUCGCCCACUACUCAGAACAAUUCUGUAUGACGUUGGUCGACGGAGCAGGUGGUUUGUUCACGUUAACAGCAGAGAUCACAGUUUCUUAUUCAGGUGGAAGUCAUAAUUCAUUCGAAGCUACGUUUGAUGCAUGGAACGAUCAAAGCUUUUUCAAUGGUAAUACUUUUCCUGACUGUUUAACAUUCAUUAUCGCAUCCCAAACGUCGGGUGUAUCCGCGACACCAGGUGUGGGUUCAAGUCUUACUCAAUACACCAAUGGGGACUGUGAUGAACAGCCGUCAACGUCGCCUACAACGCAGCCAUCAACGACACCGACGCAGCCAACGUCACCACCAACAACGACGCCAACGACACAGCAGACGACGCCAGCAACGACACAGCCAACGACGCCAGGGCCGACCACAUCGACGCAGCCACCAACGACGCAAUCGACACAACCAGCGACUGUACAAACGGAAACGACAUCCAUAACUGCAUCUUCAGCAUCACAGUCUGCUACAUAUCUUGGAACUACUUCUGGAGUUGAUGGGCACUGUGGAACAUUCAAAAUUGGAGACUCAAAUGAGAACUGUCUGCCUAAGAUAUCGCCUUGCAUUACCCCUGAUUUCAAUGCGAGUGACAUUAUUGUGGUCAGCGCAAUGUUGCGGAUGUCUCAUGAACCACCUGAGGACGUCACCCGACUUGUACAAGGCGUCAUUGGGUGUAGCCAGGAUGCUUGUGAGGGCGCUAUAUACGAGGUCAUCCAACUGUAUUCCAGGAUCGAAUGCCUGAGUGCAGAGGACGGAAUGGAGAAUAUUAGUAUUGACAUUGAAUACACAUAUGAAUCUGUUACAUUCAACAUCCAGGCAGACAGUAUCUUCACUAUUGAUGAAGACGGCUUGCACACUGAGUACUGUGAUAAUCUCUACUACCAAUCAAGACCAAAUACAACUUCAAAUACAAUUGAUGAUGACCCUUUCGACUGCGCCUUACUUGAUGAAUCGAGGUAUGGCGAUUCAUCGACCACCGACACAUCAGACUCUACAGAGACAAGAGGAUGUCCUCGGCUGAAUAUUGACUUCGUGGAAGACAUAUCAAUAGGAGCAGAAUCUUGCGGGCCCACGUUCGUCAUUGAAUCUGACUCACCACGUGUUAUGAACGCUCGGGUGUCCUUCGAGUCCCAGGACCAGAACGAAGUUGUUGGAGGAGCCACCGAUGUUAUCCAGGACGGGAUCGACUCCUCGGGCAACCUCCUGCACGUCGUCAGUUUGGUCAUGAGCAUCGACAUCGAGGAUGGGAAUUCAACCCUCGAUCUCAAUGGUUCCGUGAUCAUUGAUUUCGCCGUUAAUCUUACAGGCUCAAGCAAUAUUCUUUACUGUGCCUUUAUCGCCAAUGAAAGCUCUGGAGUCUGGUCUAGUAGUGGCAUGGAGGUGGUGUCAGCAAACUCCACUUUGGUACGAUGUCGCAGCAAUCAUCUCACAAGCUUCGCCGUUCUCCUAUCAGCUAAGCCACCCAAAGGACUAAACGCCGUAAUACAAAGCCACCUGUCCAGAAUCAUGGGUUCGCUGUCCGUAUUGUGCCUGACACUGGCUCUCUUCAUCUACGUUGCCACAGGGACAUGGAAGCAACUGAAGAUUCAGAUUCAUAUUAACCUAGCUGUCUCAACAGCCUUGGGUCAACUUCUCUUUAUGACCAUGGCAGAAAUGACGUGGAAUCGUAUCGUUUGCAAAACCAUUGCUGUGACCCUUCAAUACCUCUUUACCUCGGCUCUCGCUUGGACAAUGAUAGAGGGCGUGUUUCUGUAUCGUACGACGGCCGUGGGCUUCAAGCCUCUACGCAUUGGUUGGCUGAGUCUGUUUGCUUGGGGAGGCUCACUUGUUGUGGUUGGAGUGUCAUUCGGUGUCCUGUACGAUGGCUACGGAUCGACAAGCUACUGCUGGCUUCGCCAUGAUGAUCACACCAUCUACGUCUUCGUCGGAUGCGUUUUUGCCGUUUUACUGUUCAACUCGAUGAUCCUUUUUUUUGUGAUGAGGUCCUUCAUGGGUCUCAAAGCCAAUGCCAAGAAGGACGAGUUGGAUAAAUUCAAGGCAAUGACUCGUGCCAUGUUGAUACUCCUACCAAUCCUGGGUCUCACGUGGUUUGCGGGGGCCAUCACGAGUAUCACCAAAUCUGAUCACGUGAUCUUCUUUCAAUAUCUCUUCAUCAUCUCAUUCGGAAUGCAGGGGAUCUGUAUUCUCAUAUUCCACUGCCUCCAAGUGCCAGCUAUCAAAGCGGUAUUGAAAAAUCGAAUACAUCGACGAGUUAAGGAUAGCUCCUGGACAUCGAAAUCAGGAGCCCAAAGGUCUACUACAGUUACUUCUACCUUUUGAGCACAAGAGGGGAGAGAAUAUUUCCCUGUUGGAUAACGGGGUCGAUGCUCGAUAGGCCUGAGUGUGCGUAGUCACAUCUCUUCAAGUCAUGACUAACGUUGACGCAAUGCAUGGACUAUCGUGACUAACUAAUCAUGAAAAGUUGGAGCAUGUUGAUUGGUAAAAUGUGACUUUGUUUGAUAAAGCGUGUUUUCUUGCCUUAUAAAUUCACCUUGAAAAAAAUAACCUUGCUUUUCACCUUGACAAAAAUAUCUCCUAACGUAAUAUCAAAGCAACUAAAUUGUCUAUGUUCUUACUAAGUUAUACAUUGUAUGAAAGCAUGUUGUGCGUGUGCGCAUGAGUGGCUAAACUCGAGAGAAAUUGAUGGACUUAAUUUAUCAUUUAUAGUUGAAUACACAAUGGCUGUGUUCGCGAGAGUGUAUGAUGUACACGCAGUAAUAUAGGAAUAUAUUUGGUUCAGCGAUUUUGAGCAACGUGUGACCUAAUUGAUAACGGCACAGCUGUUCAAUUUGGUGAUGGAUACGAUGACAUUAUUUUGACUCGUCAAGAACGCCAGAAGGCACAUUACUUUUGCCAUAUCACUUGGUCAAUAUUGAGGUCAUAGGUCUUGUAAAUAUGUGUGAUUAUAUUUUAUUUAGUUUAUUUGUAGCUUUAUCUACAUAGAACAUCACAUAAAUUAAAUAGUAUACAGAAUCCAUACCCUCAUGUGUGCUUUAUUUUUUAAUACGAAUUUAGUUUUGUGAAGACGGGGCAUUGUCAAGAAACCCCCCAAAAGGGUAUAUUUUCGCAUGAAAUAUGAAUAAAAAAUUGUAAGUGUGAUAUCAUGAUAGAACUAUUUUAUAAUCAUGUAUGUGUGCAUUUCAGCCAACCUGUGUACAGAUGUAUAUAUAACUAUUAUCAUUUUGUUCAGUGUACUGAUGUAUUUUUUAUUCAUUUUUUUUAUUUUUUUAUUUAUUGUAUUUUUUUUUUUGGGGGGGUGGGGAUGAUUCAGCUUAUCGUCGCCGUUUAGUGGUAUUUUCUUUUUAAAUAUCAAUGUUUCUAAAUGUUAGAUCCUACAAAAGUAAUUCACUAAUGUAACAAAAAAAAUGAUGUUAAUAGAAUAUUACAAGUUUGCAAUAUUUUCUUGCAUUCAAUUAACACUUGACAUAAUACGAGCUGGAUGUUGAACCGUUAGCGAUGAGAUUUGACUUAAAAUAUCAGGGUUCCGAUGACAAACAUCACCGGUACUGUAAUGAAGUUCGUAUAAAACACAAUGUAAGUUUCUUUUUCAUGUGAGAAAAAAAUGAUAAAUUAGCCAAAAGAGGACUCUUAACUGAAAUUUGCUGGUCAAAUUUCAAUUUGUAUGAAGACUCGAAUGGUGGCAGAGGAAGAAGAUAUAUAUUUUAAUGCUAAAAAUGACAAUUCAAUGCCCCUAAAUGUAAAUAAAUUAACUUUUAUUUCUUGCAAAUAAUGUUUUGUAUUAUAUGCAUAGCAGUACUAUUUCGACAUUCAAAAAAUUACUAAAUAGUACCGGAAAAGUGGUGGCAUUAUAAUUAAAAUAAAAAAAAUAGUUAUUAGUGCUGUAGUGAUUGUGUAGUGGAAACGAAAGUCAUGUGCCUUGUUCUGCCUUACGAUUUAAAGAGUAGAUUAUUUUAUGUACAAUAGUCUUAUAUUUCAUUAAAAACCGUUUUAUAUGUAACUAUCAGGACAACCAUUAUAAUCAUGCAAAAUAUUUUGUCAAUUAUAUUUUGUGAAAAUAAAUAUAAUGUAUAUACACAAAGCUUUGGUAAAAUUCUUGGAAAUUGAUAUUGAAAUCGAUUUGGCGUACUUAAUAAUGUACUACGUGUAUGAUACUUGUUUUCAAAUUAAGCAGUCUCUGUUCUACGAAUACUAAAUUUGUUUCGAUGGAAGAAAACGUAACAAUUGAUUUGUGAACAUUGCUUUUACAUGAUUAAGGAGAUCUUUGCAGAAGCCGCAAUUGUUUUUAGCUCUACAUCUCGAAAUUAAGUGUUAGUGAUAUACCAUCAUGACCAUGUUCCAAUUUCGAGAUUUAUUGUUAUUGUUGUUUGAAUUAACUAAUCACGCAUGGGUUUUCUUAAUGCAUUUACAAAAAAUGGGAUUUCCAUGGAAAUUAAUAUUUGUUUACAAAAACAUCAAGUAUGAAGCAAAUCUUAGCACGAACGUUUCGCAGCCACUUUGGCAUUUUUUAUGGAUUCAUCAAUAUACUGUACAUGCAUGAUUUUACUACAAAUAUUGUAACCGAUAAUUCUAACAAGCUUGUGUGCCUCUUAAAUCACCACUGUAUUUGAAUGACCGCGUGAUUAAAAAUAUUAGAUAAAAAAAAUUUUAAGGGUGUUGAGACCUUAUCAUGAGUUGACUUUCUAUCAAAUCGUUUAAAAAUUGGUUUUUAUAAUUAUACAGAAUAACGUGAGACGUGGUUCAUUAUCCUGUUUUAUAUUUGUAAUUGUAAACUGUCCAUUAUAAUGGUUAGAUUUGGCCUUAGCCUGUAUUGGUUUAUACCCCUUAGUCUAUUAGUAGGUGAAAUAAUUCUCAAAUCGCUAAACGACAUAAUGGCUGCAUCCACUUUGUUUUGUUUUAUUUUUGUUUGGUCCAACUAUAUCUUUGACAAAUACUAAAUUUGUCUAAUUGUCAAAUGGUCGAUUUUUUCUCUUGUUCUACGUACAUGUAUUUUCACUUUUGUCAAUAAAAUUUGGUUCAUAAAGAGAUUUUGUUAUACAGACUAAGUGGUCUCAGGCCGAGUGGAUAUUAGACGGAGGGGGUGUAAAUAUCGGAAAAUGCAAAGCAUCUUUGAGAUAUUAAAAAAAUGUGUGUUUUGGCUGUGUCUUUUUAAUUAAUAUAAAAUGAUUACCUAUCCAAGCUUAUUUAUUUGUUGUUGAUCAAAGAGAGACUUUUCUUAAUUCUGUUUGAAGUGGUUUACAAUAGAAUAAAGAUGAAAAGAAAAAUAUCUUAAAAUGUUGGUC